CAACACACAGUCUAACACUUGCUACAAGUACAAGAGUCUGGCUGACAUCAAGUCAUCGGCCCUGUCUGGAGAUUUAGAGCGUGUCAACUUAUUUGCUGUUGUUCACCAAAUACCUAAGGAGCUAACUAAAACAUCCUCUGGAAAGUUCACCAAAAUAUGUAAGAUAAUUGAUGAGAGUCUGGGGAACAGGAACUUUAAUCUCCAUUUCUUUGUACCUGAUGAUGUACUUAUCAAACAGAUUGAGAUAGGAGACAUUUUAAGGCUUCACAGAGUCAAGAUGGAGCUGUUCAAUGAUGAUGUCGAUGGAAGAAUAUUUAGCAAUAACGACAUUGUUUUAUUGAAGGGAAAGGCCAUAGAUUGUCCUGUACACUGCACUAAAAAUUUACAGUUCCCAGAAGCAGAACAGAAGAAGGCUUCAACCUUGAUGACGUGGUACAAGGAGAAGUUCUUGGUUUCACAGGAGAAUGAGGUCACUUUGCUUGCUGACAUCACUGAAGAGGGAAAAUAUCAAGUCUAUUGUCAGGUAGUCUCAAAACCAGUUGUGGACAGUAAAAAAGUGAUAUUACGGGUGACUGAUGGCUCAGUGUUGACUGGGUUAAAUUGCUGCCCAUCCUCUUCAGGGGCUGUCUCUCCUCCAAGCCACACAGUCACUGAAAUCCAUGUCUUUAGGCAAAAUGAUGCCUAUGCUUUGCUGAAGGCUGGAACGUUUGUCUUGUUACCAGAAGUAAAGGCAACCAGGUUUGAUGCUCUGAGACUUUUGAUUAACACUCCUACAUUUAAGGUAUUGGAUGAUCAAAAUGAAAAAGUUGCUGAAAUCAAAAGGAGAAUAUCUGCGUUGGAGAAGAAAACAGAAAACCCUGAUGAUAGAGUGCACAACGCAGAGGUCACCAAAAGUCCUGUGAAGGUAAAACACAACAAUAAAGCUGUAAACAACAACUCUCCUGACAAUGAAACGGAUCAGUCUUAUGUCACUAGAAGUAAACAAAUAAAUGGUAUCAAAGAAAAACAAUUAAAAUUUUCCUCUUGUGUCAGUAAAUCCUGCAUUAACCGUAGAGAAAUUGAUUCAAAAAAGGGGAAAGACAGCACAGAAAUCGAGAACAUCACAGUGACUACAGUUGCAAAACGAAGAACUUUAUUUAAUCCAAACUGUGUAUAUUUAAGUGAUGCAACCUCUGAAGCAAGUGAAGUUGUGGUGGAAAACACUCUUAGAAAUAACAAAGACCCGUCUGAUGAAGUACAACCUAGCUUUGGAGAUCUCUUACAGUUGGUGAAAAAUAAGUAUUGUUCACCAAGGAAAACGUCGUACCAAAACUCCCCCAAAACCUCACCUUCUAUAGAGCAGACAAAUGUCAAAAUAAAUGACCAAAGGGGAAAUCGUUGA